AGGACUUAACUUCUCCCGACUAUUCUCGAGAUGUCAUGGAAGAUUUCAGAGAAAAGGUGGAAAAGAGCCCUGAGCUCCAUCCUGGAGGAGCUGACUGAGGGACAAUUCAGGAAGAUGCUGUUCUAUCUGGACAAAAUCCCUCAAGGAGUGAAGAAGGCCAAGGCCAGAGAAGAAAUCCCUAAUUUAAUCGUUGAGCACUACGGGACAGAAGGGUCCAUCUCUAGAAUUAAUACAAUAAUGAAGAAGAUACCAAGGAAGGACGCUGCAGUCCAGAAGCGAUUGCGCCCCUUUGUGGAGAAACUGAAAAAGAAACGGCAGGAAGAAAAAGGGCCAAGUGGAGCAAUUCAACAGAAGAAUGUCCCAACAAAGGACAGUGACCCAUCAGAGGACAGCGUCUCAGCAGAGGACAGCGUCUCAGCAGAGGACUGCGAGCAACCAAAGAAAAAUCUGUCCAAAGAUCAGGCAGAGUUUGUGAAAAGAGUGUCUAAUGCUGAUCCGAACCAGCUCCUGGAUAAACUCCUUCAGCAAGGUGUUAUAAAUGAUGAGGAAAGGCAGUCAGUCAGAACAAAAACCAGAGACUAUAAUGCACAAGCUGUGAUCGACAUGGUGCAGAGAAAGGGACCUGAAGCCUGCUCACAUCUAGACAGUCUUCUCCGUGAGGUGGAUCACAUGUUUCCGGAAAGCUGAAAUUAAUCCGAAGCUAAAGCAAACAACUAAGGAGUGUGAUGAUGAAUCUCUAAUGUUAACUAUCAGCUUCAAUUGGUAAUGUCAAAAACAACAAAGCCAGAAAUC